AUGGAGGCAGCGUACGAAGGGGUGGGAAAGCGUUAUAAUGACCAAGAAGCAUCGUAUCACAAGUGGGAGAGGGAAAAGCAACAUCUCUCAGCGUAUCACAAGUGGGAGAGGGAAAAGCAACAUCUCUCAGCGUAUCACAAGUGGGAGAGGGAAAAGCAACAUCUCUCAGCGUAUCACAAGUGGGAGAGGGAAAAGCAACAUCUCUCAGCGUAUCACAAGUGGGAGAGGGAAAAGCAACAUCUCUCAGCGUAUCACAAGUGGGAGAGGGAAAAGCAACAUCUCUCAGCGUAUCACAAGUGGGAGAGGGAAAAGCAACAUCUCUCAGCGUAUCACAAGUGGGAGAGGGAAAAGCAACAUCUCUCAGCGUAUCACAAGUGGGAGAGGGAAAAGCAACAUCUCUCAGCGUAUCACAAGUGGGAGAGGGAAAAGCAACAUCUCUCAGCGUAUCACAAGUGGGAGAGGGAAAAGCAACAUCUCUCAGCGUAUCACAAGUGGGAGAGGGAAAAGCAACAUCUCUCAGCGUAUCACAAGUGGGAGAGGGAAAAGCAACAUCUCUCAGCGUAUCACAAGUGGGAGAGGGAAAAGCAACAUCUCUCAGCGUAUCACAAGUGGGAGAGGGAAAAGCAACAUCUCUCAGCGUAUCACAAGUGGGAGAGGGAAAAGCAACAUCUCUCAGCGUAUCACAAGUGGGAGAGGGAAAAGCAACAUCUCUCAGCGUAUCACAAGUGGGAGAGGGAAAAGCAACAUCUCUCAGCGUAUCACAAGUGGGAGAGGGAAAAGCAACAUCUCUCAGCGUAUCACAAGUGGGAGAGGGAAAAGCAACAUCUCUCAGCGUAUCACAAGUGGGAGAGGGAAAAGCAACAUCUCUCAGCGUAUCACAAGUGGGAGAGGGAAAAGCAACAUCUCUCAGCGUAUCACAAGUGGGAGAGGGAAAAGCAACAUCUCUCAGCGUAUCACAAGUGGGAGAGGGAAAAGCAACAUCUCUCAGCGUAUCACAUAAAGAAUGCGAAAUGA